AUGACUCCUCCUCCUAUGAGUACUGUGAGUGCUAACUCCAAUACUACUGUUUCUAAUAUAACUACCCAUUACCCUACAAGUAGUGUCGAUGCCAGCAUGAAUACUACUAUUUCUAAUACAACUACUUCUUCCUCUACUAGUACUACUGCCAUUAGCACUAAUACUACUGCUUCCAAAAUAACCACUCCGUUCCUGACAGGUACUACUCAUGAUGUUAGUGAAAGUGUCACUAUUUCUAACACGACUACUACUUCCACCACUCGGUCCUCUCCUCCCAUAUCUACUCCUAACUUUAGUGCAUCUAUUUUGAGCCCCUUUACAACAAGUAGUACUUUUUCUUACUAUACCUACUACAGCAAAUACCACUCAAGUCAACACUCCACGUACACAAGGUCUUAUGAUAAUAGAUGCUAG